AUGUUGCCCUCCUCUGUCUCGCUUUUUUUAAAUAAAACUCUCCCCUCACACGCAAGCAGAAUUGAUCUCUCUUACACUUUGCGUCUCUCUCAUCUUUCCCGUGUUCUUUUAUUAUUCCUUAUUUUCAAUUUCAAGAUUACCGUCUCUCUCUCUCUCCCACUCUCUCGCUCGCUUGCUGUCUCUCUCUUUCAUGUCGUUCUCACUCACCUUGUUUUUAUCUCUUCUCUCUUUGUCAUGCUCUUCAACUUCACCUUUCUUUUAUCCCCCUCUCUCUCUAUUCUUACCCUAUCGACCUUUCUCUGGUACUUAUCUCGCUCUCUCUUUCUGGCCGCCUGUCUGUUUAUCUCUCUUUCUCUUCCCCCUCUCUCUUCAUCAUUCUCUCACUCUUUUUCCCCACUCUCUCAUUUUCUCUCUUCACUCUCUUUCUCUCCCCCUUUCUUGAUCUUCAUUUUCAUUCAAAAUUCUUUCAUUUCAUCUUGCACUAAUCUUUCUCUCUUUUUUAAGAAUACACACACAUUCUUUCUUUCUUUCUUUCUUUCUUUCUUUCUUUCUUUCUUUCUUUCUUUCUUUCUCUCUCGCCCACACGCAAUCAGAUUUGAUCUCUUUUACCCUUUCCUCCCCCUCUUUCUCCCUCUAUUUAUCUCACUCUCUCGCUCCCUUUCUCUCUCUCCACCUCUCUCUUUAUCUCUUUCCCUCUCUUUCUCUCCCCUUCUCUUCCUUGAUUCUUCUCUUUCUUUCCACACUCUCACUUUCUCUCCUCCUUUCUCAUUUUCUUUGCCUCUCUUUCUCUCCUCUCUCUUUCUUCUCCCUCUUGAUCUUUAUUUCGCUUUCUCUCUCCCCUUCCGCUCUCUCGAUAUUUCUUUCUUUCUUUCUUUCUUUCUUUCUUUCUUUCUUUCUUUCUUUCUUUCUUUCUUUCUUUCUACCUUCUUAGACUUUUUCUCGAUCUUUCUCUUUCACGUUCUCUAUCUCUCCCUUUCUCCCCACCUCUCUCUCUCUCUCCACCUCUUCCUUUUUUUUCAACUCCCUCUCUCCCUUCUUUCUUCCUCUGUUUAUCUCUCUCUUUCUGUCUCCACCUCUCUCUUUAUCUCUCUCCCUCUCUUUCUCUGCCCCUCUCUUGAUCUUUCUCUCUUUCUCUCCACGCUCAUAUUUUCUCUUCUUUCUCUCUUUUUUCUCCUCUCCCUUUUGCUUUUACUCUUGCUUAAUUUCACUCUCUCUUCCCUCUCGCACUCUCUCUCUCUUUCUCUACCUCAUUUCUUGAUCUUUCUUUUUUUUUCUCUUUCUUUGCUUCUCUCUCUGUCUUUUUCUCCGUCUCUCUCACUUUCUCUCUGCAUCUCUCUCUUUCUCUUUUCAUCUUGA